CGGUGGCCAAUUACGUGUCUGUUCCUUGGGUCCGGACCCUGAAAAGCCUUCACGUUGUUUUCCUCUGGUUGCCUGCCAGGCAGAGACGGCCAGAAGGCAAAGUAAGGAACCUGACCUCGCCACCUGCAGGUCCUUGUCUGUCAACCCCUGCCAAUCACCACUUCUUCACUUGUCUACUCUUCUUCCUGUCUUUCUUGUUCGGUGCCUGCAUCUCAACCCCCUCAUCCUUUCUCCCCCUUAGCAUCAUGGCUAGAAGGGCAUCCGCAGCGAGGCCUGGACCCUCCUCUGCGGCCGAUUCUUCGUCACUGCCCCGACGCACCUCGUUGAGACUGGCCCAGUCGUCGUCCGCUCCCGCCAAUGCGAGCCAAUUUGAUUAUCACUCCACACGUGAAGACGUCGCUGCGCCGAUUGAAGCUGUCGGACCCCGUCAAGAUGAGAUACCUGCGGCCCUCGAAGUUGCCAUUCCCUUGAAGAAGCCCUCAUCUUCCCGCUCAUCUUCCACAUCGAAUCGUGCGGGCGAUUCAUCUGGAGAUGGGGCCUACGAUUACACCACCCCGGCGACCAGUGUUGCCAUGACUCCCGCAGCAUCAGAUAUUUCACGACCGAAGACAAGGGUCAGUGCGUCUGCUCGGACUCGGGAGUUACAAGCAAGCACCAUGUCGCUCAACCCGCGCAGGGGGCGCAAGAGAGCCACAUCGGCCAUCGCCACCGACGAUACUACUCCUGAGGCCUCGGAUGUCGCUCUAGCCCGCGCCCUUCAACUUGAAGAAUACCAAGCACCACUCCCGAAACGGCAAAAAAUGGGAAAGUCUGAAUUGGAGAUUCAAGAUUCCGACGAUAGCGCCUUGACGGAGCUCCCUUACUUAGACGAUAUGAGCAUGGAUGAGGACGAGUCUGAGCAGUGGCAGCCGCCACGCAAUUCUCGCAGCUCCCUCAGAUCGGCGAAGAAAGCACUUGUUCCAGACAGCGAAGAUAGUAAUUUCGAUACGGAGGAUAUGUCCGAAGAGGAGGCCGAUGAAAGUCACCAAAGCGAUUCCGGACCAAAUGGCCAAACGCCGGCUAAUGAGAAUAGGCCCUCAUACUCGCAGAGAGGGUCUAGAAAUCGGAGCACGGCAAAUACUAGGGGUCGUGGACGAGGUCGAAGACAAGCACAACCUGCGCAGUCUUCUGAAGCCCCAACUGCGUCACAGACGUGGAUGAGCUACCGUGCAUUCAAAGAGCGAAAGAAGCUCGAAAAACAGCAUCCGUUAAUUCUAAAGAUGUGGGAGGAUCUAAGAAAUGCGCCCCCAAUAACACCGGUGCCCGCAGAACAACCUUCAAGUAUAUCGCGAACCCUGAAGCCCUUCCAACUCGAAGGUUUGAAUUGGAUGAUGCAACAGGAGAAAUCGGAAUACAAAGGUGGUCUCUUGGGUGACGAGAUGGGCAUGGGCAAGACCAUCCAGGCGGUUUCCCUCCUCAUGUCUGACUAUCCGAUCGGCAAGCCGUCUCUUGUUGUGGUCCCUCCUGUUGCUCUCAUGCAAUGGCAAUCCGAGAUCAAGGAAUACACGAAUGGCCAACUGAACGUCCUGGUUUAUCACAACUCUAAUUCUAAGGUCAAGCAUUUUAAAAAGAAAGAUCUACAGGCCUAUGAUGUUAUCAUGAUAUCUUAUUCUGGUCUGGAGUCGAUCCAUCGAAAGGAAUGGAAAGGGUGGAACCGUGAUGAUGGAAUUGUCAAGGAGGACAGUGUGAUUCAUUCCAUCGAUUACCAUCGGCUCAUUCUCGACGAAGCACACAGUAUCAAGCAACGCACCACGAGUGUUGCGCGCGCAUGUUUUGCGCUGAAAGCCAACUACAAAUGGUGUCUAUCCGGCACUCCCGUGCAAAAUCGAAUUGGCGAGUUCUUCUCCCUCUUGCGAUUCCUGGAAGUUCGCCCAUUUGCCUGUUAUUUCUGUAAGCAGUGCAAAUGCCAGCAACUUCAUUGGUCCCAAGACGCCGAGAAACGAUGCACCGAAUGUCGACACAGCGGAUUUAGUCAUGUCUCGGUCUUUAACCAGGAGAUCUUGAAUCCAAUCACGGAAAGGGAUAACGUCGAGGCCCGCAGAGAGGCUUUGGGGAAGCUGCGCCUUCUUACCGAUAGGAUUAUGCUCAGGCGUGUCAAGCGUGACCACACGGCUUCCAUGGAAUUGCCGCCCAAACGGUCGGUGUUCCUCCAUUUCCCUCAUCCGAUUAUCAUUGACGAAUAAUAGGGUUAUUCUACACAACGAAUUUUUCGGCGAGAUCGAACGUGAUUUCUCCCGAAGUAUUAUGACUAACUCUACCAGGCAGUUCGACACGUACGUGAGUCGUGGAGGUACGUCACCCCGGUUGUUGCGGCACUUACAGUUAUGGAGUUGAUGCUUACUUACGCAAACUGCAGUAAUGUUGAACAACUAUGCCAAUAUCUUCGGUUUGAUCAUGCAAAUGCGACAGGUUGCAAACCACCCCGAUUUGAUCUUGAAGAAACAUGCCGCCAGUGGGCAAAACGUACUGGUUUGUAGCAUUUGUGAUGAACCAGCCGAGGAAGCCAUCCGGUCGCGUUGCCACCACGAGUUCUGCCGCCGGUGUGCCAAGGACUACAUGCGGUCAUUUGAUGCCGACACGGUUGUCGAUUGUCCGCGGUGUCAUAUCCCUUUGUCCAUCGACUUUGAGCAGCCGGACAUCGAGCAGGAAGAGGAGUUCAUCAAGAAGAACUCGAUCAUCAACCGAAUCCGGAUGGAGGACUGGACCUCGUCGACGAAGAUCGAGAUGCUUGUGUACGACCUCUACAAGCUGAGGAGCAAGAAGCAGACGCACAAAUCGAUCGUCUUCUCGCAGUUCACCUCGAUGCUCCAACUCGUCGAGUGGCGUCUGCGGCGAGCCGGGUUCAACACGGUCAUGCUCGACGGCUCGAUGACGCCGGCUCAGCGGCAGAAAUCCAUCGAUUACUUCAUGAACAACGUCGACGUCGAGGUGUUUCUCGUGUCCCUCAAGGCGGGCGGAGUCGCUCUGAACUUGGUCGAGGCGUCACGGGUGUUUAUCGUUGACCC